UGUGUUGGAUGCUGUUUGUUAUCGAUUAGCUUAUCUUUGUUAGCUUCAAGAUAAUUUCUCGUCAAAACUUUUAAAAGGUUAGAAAGGCUAAUGCGUUUGGCUUGUUUUGAAUGGAUAUUUUACAGAAGAACACAUACACAGAAUAAGUUUUAACACUUAGAAGAAAUGGACCAUAUGUCAACAAAUUGUUUACAAUAUCUAUGUUUUUGCUUACUAUUUUGAAGACUUUCAGUCUUAUAAAAGUUAUACAAGCAAUCAAUAUGAUUUGAAGGAAAAUAUAUGAAACUGGAAUAUAUUCUUUAGCAGAUACACCUGUUUUUAUUAGAAUUAAAUAUUUUGAAAUAUCAAAAUUUAUUCUUACUUAGUAUAAUGUGUAUAAAGGGAUAGUUGUUUUCAUUUGGUGCUGGUAAAAUUACAAUGUAUAAGCAAUCUCAAGUGGAAAAUAAGAGAGUUUUGGAAUUACUGGAACAAUUAAGAAAUCAAUGUUUACUGAAUGGUGUUGGAGGACUUAAAUCUCUUGCUGUUGUUUUUCGAAGAAUAGAUACUGACUUUUCCAAGCGUCUAUGUUACCAGGAGCUGGACGAAGGAAUGAAAACUUAUGGUCUAGAAGUUGAUCAAAAUGACCUAAAGAUGUUGUUCGACGCUUUUGAUAGGGACAGAAAUAAACAAAUAGACUUUCUUGAAUUUGUUGCAAAACUACAGCCUCCAUUGUCAAAGCGAAGAAUUGAAGUGAUUAAUCAAGCAUUUGACGCGUUAGAUGCGAACAAAGACGGGGUUUUGAAAUUGGAAGAUUUAAGAGUUGUUUAUUCAUCCAACGCAAGGCAACAUCCAAAGUUUAUUUCUGGGGAAUGGACAGAAGAACAGGUGCUACAAUAUUUCUUGGACAGUAUCGAUACACCUGGUAAUCCAGAUGGGACGGUAACACGUGAGGAAUUCAUGAACUACUACGCAGGGGUCAGUUCAACAGUAGAUGAUGAUAGUUAUUUUGAUCUUAUGAUGAGGGCAUGUUAUGGUCUGCCAAAUAGACGAACAUAGCGUUUUAGAAUGUCGAUGCAAUUUUACACCGAUAAAAAAACUUGUGUGUCUAGCAGGAGCUGAAAAACAAAAGCUUUAUACGAUUUUUCUAUGAAAUAAGUAAGUGUUUUUGAACAAAAAUAGCAUGCAUUGUCCUCAGUGUAUAGAGCAUUUGCACAGUUUUCAUUAAUUAAUUUUUUAUUGUAAAUAAAUUCAACGAAAUAAAUAAAAUUGUUUGAGGAGAAUAAAAUACAUAUUUAAGUGAUAUAUUUCAUCAUAUAGCUUGUCAACUGUUACUGUAACAAUGCUUAUGAGUAAAGCGGUUUGAAUUUUAUUUAAGAACUCACCUUAACCCGCUUUAGUGCCACCUGUAUUAAGCAGACAUAUUAUGUUGCACCCUUGGCUAACUGCUUAAUACAGAAAACACUAUAGAACCAAUUUGUACAUAGCUUAAUAUUAUCACUUUAUACUUCUCAUAAUCGUGCACUGCAAUCUUGUGAUUUUUGUUUAACUGUGAUGAAUAUGAGACGAGCAAAUAUAAUAAAUUGCACGAUUUUAUGAAACCCCGUCUAACGGUAACUACACGCAGUUUU